UGCGCAGAGGGAGAGGAGGAAAACUCAGAGGGAAGUAGCUGGCUAACAAAGUCUUUCAGGUUCCCAACGCCGCCGUUUAAUUCUCUGACUCAGCUGAGACCUUUGCUCCAAGAAGAGACCUCCAGACUCAGAGAGAGCGCCCACCUGCCCCCGGAGGCCAAGUGCUACAGCCUCAGCGUUCUGAAGCCACUUCAUGAAUCCUCGGAAGAAGGUGGACUUGAAGCUCAUCAUUGUCGGAGCACUUGGAGUGGGAAAGACCUCCCUCCUUCACCAAUAUGUCCACAAGACAUUUUAUGAGGAAUACCAGACCACGCUGGGGGCCAGCAUCCUCUCCAAGAUCAUCAUGCUGGAUGACACAACUUUGAAGCUGCAGAUCUGGGACACAGGCGGUCAGGAGCGGUUCCGCUCCAUGGUGUCCACCUUCUACAAAGGCUCUGAUGGCUGUAUCCUGGCUUUUGAUGUCACCGACCUGGAGUCCUUUGAAGCCCUGGAUAUCUGGCGGGGUGACGUUCUGGCCAAGAUUAUCCCUAUGGAGCAGUCCUACCCCAUGGUGGUGCUGGGGAACAAAAUUGACCUGGAAGACAGGAAGGUGCCCCAGGAGGUAGUCCAAGGCUGGUGUAAAGAGAAGGACAUUCCCUACUUUGAAGUCAGUGCCAAAAAUGACAUCAAUGUGGUGCAAGCCUUUGAGGUGCUGGCCAGCCGGGCUCUGUCGCGGUAUCGAGAAAUCCUGGAGAAUCACCUCACAGACUCCAUCAAACUCGUGCCAGGCCAGGCAAAGAGCAGAUGCUGCUGACAUCCAGGGCCCCGCUCCGGACACCCAGGGACAGAGCCUGCCCUGGGCCCACUCAUCCCGGCUGGAUCCCCCCACGGUCCCACUGCCAACCCAUGCUCAGCCCAGGAGGCAAAGGCUCRGCUCUCAGAGCCCUCGACCAUGCUGGCUCCAGAAUCCUAGCAGCCAUCGCCUGGGGCAGACUGUAGUGAGGACGGGGUUACACCCUCAGGGCCCCGGAUGAAGCCCAGAAUGUCACCAGCAACUCCUGGCCCUGGAGGAGUCACAGUUUCCUCAAUGGCUCCAGCUUUCUUUCUGCCUGCUCUUUCCACAAUCCUGCUCCAGAACGCAUCUCUGCAGAUAGGCCACUGUUCCUAGCGUCCCAUGGACUGGUCUCCUUGCUCCUUCCUGCCUCACACCCCCAAAGCCACAAGACCAUGAUGCAGCUCSGCCUCCCUCAGUAACCAGGCCAAGGAGAGAGGGUGUGGAGCCCGCGUGCAGGGCCUGCCUCCAUUCCCAGAAGAUGCUCAGCAGCCCUGAGGCUCCCCUUGGAKUAGAGGACUGAGGGCGCACAGGAAAGCUGCCAGGGACUCUCUUCAUUCCCCUCUGCUGGGUGCUCAGGACAACUCACAGAAAUCUCUCCAGCCUCAGUUUAUUCAUCUGUCCAAUGGGGGUGAUAGGCAGGUGCCUGCCCAUGUCAAGGUGUGAUUUUUAGGGACCAGAAGCUGCACCUACAUCUCAGUGGCUAUUGUUGAUAUGCGUUUACUACUCCUUCAAAAAAUAGUGUUUAGCAUCUACUAUGUUAGUUGCCCUGAGGUCUGGACAAGAGCUCUGAUCCCCCAGAGCUGACAGCUGGUGGGGGGGAGAGGCAAUGAUAAGAACUUAUACAGGUGUUCCCAAAGAGCAGGUAAGUGCCAAGAACACAGUGAAACAAGGCAACAGGGCAGGGACAGGGCUGUGAUGAGGUGCGAUUUUAGGACUUCCCUGAGGAGGUGACGUUUGGCCUGGGAGCUAGAGAAAGAGAUACAGCUGCCACUAGAGAGCUGGAGAAAGUGUGUUCCAUGGGAACAAACAGCAAGGGAGAGACCCUGAGGCAAGGACUAGAUUGCUGUAUUCAAGGAACAGWGAAAGGACAUUCAUUUACCUGAAGAUUCAAAGCUGCGGUCCCAAAGGCCAACCUGACCACUGGCAGAGGGUGCCUUGCUGCUCUGAUGACUGGCCACCAGAGGGCAGCAGUACUCCUCCGUUUCCAAGCUCAGCCGAAGGUGGAUGUUCCUGGGACACUUGAGGAGCUGGUGUUCUGGCCAAGUUCAAGGUUCAAAGUUUGCUCCCACGUUCUAGGCAUUAUCACCCAGAUUUGUGGGGCAAAAGAACUCAAAGUUCUUAAACAUAGUAAGAAAUGGGCAAAAACUGCAGCAUACUUGAUUCAGGCAGGAAAUCAGAAUCAGAGACCAAUACUCCAAUGAGAUGCCUGAGGAGCUCCCGGAUCCUCUGUCCCUGCAGAAGCUUAUCUGUGGCUUCAGACAGCACAGAUAAGACACCCAGCCUGAAAGAAGUGAACAAGAUGACCUCUCAGGAUCUUCCAUGGCCGAGUUCAUGUCCACCACAGACGUCUCCUUGUCUCUAUAGAAGUCUCCUGAGUUCCAAGAAAAGCUGCAGAUAUUAGCUCAUGACUGCAGGUGUCAUCUGCCUCUAGAGAUUUACCUAGAGGGAGGGGAGUUGGGGUGAUCAKCAAGGGUUUGGGGAGCCCCUCCCCUCCACCUAGCUCUGAAAUAUGACCUGGCUCAAUACUUGGGUCCAACACAGGAGAAAAGCAGCACCCCUCUAUCUGUCCUCCAGAAGUCCCAGAGAGGGACAACAUGCCCUCAWGGGGUGACAUUUUGCACACACUGGCUCUCCUGGGAGUCAGUCACACUGUGGAUUUGAUGUGUCACAUGUGGRUAGCAUCAGCUGUGUACCACAGUGGACAUACAGACCAUUUGUACACAACAACUAGUAAAUGUAUUCCGUGUUUUUAAUCCUGUGUGGGACAGUAGUCRC